UGCUCUGCCAGGCGCCUCGGGUGGCAUCAGGCAGCUCCUGGGAUGAUGCUGUUGCUGCUAAUUCACCUGGCAAAAAUGCUUCUGGUUCCCAUCCCUCUCUACCUGCUGCUGCUUCUCCAGGGUCUCAGCUUCUAGGAGUAGAUGGGUGACAUGGAGUCCUACAAGGUGAUGCUGAACGGGCCGGCACCCUGGGGCUUCAGGCUGCAGGGAGGGAAGGAUUUCAGCAUGCCCCUCUCCAUCUCCAGGCUGACGCCGGGUGGGAAGGCAGCCCAGGCCGGCAUCGGAGUGGGCGACUGGGUGCUGUACAUCGACGGGGAGAGCACCAGCUCCAUGACUCACAUCGAGGCCCAGAACAGGAUCCGCGCCUGCGGGGACAGGCUCUGCCUCACCCUAAGCAGAGCCCAGAACCACCUGGGGAAGUCGCAGAAGGUGCUGAGCCUUGACAAGCAGCCCCCGAAGCUGCUGGAGACCCCCACCACCCCCGUGUUUGACCCUGAAAAGUUGCGGCUGAUAGAGGACGCUGAGGACUGGCAGCCCCGCGCCACCAACACGCAGUCCCGCUCCUUCCUCAAACUGGCCCGCCUGACGGGCACAGACAGCAUGGAGGAUAAUGAGGAUGAUCUUGUUAAAACGCCCAGGGAUGCCCAUGAGUCCGGCUGGGGCACGGGGCAGGCAUGGCAUCCCCCGCAGCUAGAGGAGCCCCCCACCACCCCUGCGUGUGACCCCGGGAAGCUGAGGCUAAUAGAGGAUGCUGAGGGCUGGCAGCCCCGCACCGGGACCUCCCAGUCCCGCUCCUUCCGCAAACUGGCCCGUCUGACGGGCACAGACGGCAUGGAGGAUCAUGAGGAUGAUCUUGUUAAAACGCCCAGGGAUGCCCGUGGGUCCAGCUGGGGCACGGGGCAGCCAUGGCAGCCCCCCCAGGCACAGGAGCCCCCCAGCACCCCUGUGUGUGACCCUGGGAAGCUGCGGCUGAUAGAGGAUGCUGAGGACUGGCAGCCCCGCACCGGGACCUCCCAGUCCCGCUCCUUCCGCAAACUGGCCCGUCAGACGGGCACAGACGGCAUGGAGGAUCAUGAUGAUGUGUUUGUUAAAAAGCCCAGGGAUGCCCGUGGGUCCAGCUGGGGCACGGGGCAGCCAUGGCAGCCCCCCCAGGCACAGGAGCCCCCCAGCACCCCUGUGUGUGACCCCGGGAAGCUGCGGCUGAUAGAGGAUGCUGAGGACUGGCAGCCCCGCACCGGGACCUCCCAGUCCCGCUCCUUCCGCAAACUGGCCCGUCUGACGGGCACAGACGGCAUGGAGGAUCAUGAUGAUGUGUUUGUUAAAAAGCCCAGGGAUGCCCGUGGGUCCAGCUGGGGCACGGGGCAGCCAUGGCAGCCCCCCCAGGCACAGGAGCCCCCCAGCACCCCUGUGUGUGACCCUGGGAAGCUGCGGCUGAUAGAGGAUGCUGAGGACUGGCAGCCCCGCACUGGGACCUCCCAGUCCCGCUCCUUCCGCAAACUGGCCCGUCUGACGGGCACAGACGGCAAGGAGGAUCGUGAGGAUGAACUUGUUAAAAAGCCCAGGGAUGCCCGUGGGUCCAGCUGGGGCACGGGGCAGCCAUGGCAGCCCCCCCAGGCACAGGAGCCCCCCAGCACCCCUGUGUGUGACCCCGGGAAGCUGCGGCUGAUAGAGGAUGCUGAGGACUGGCAGCCCCGCACUGGGACCUCCCAGUCCCGCUCCUUCCGCAAACUGGCCCGUCUGACGGGCACAGACGGCAUGGAGGAUCAUGAUGAUGUGUUUGUUAAAAAGCCCAGCCAGGUCUCCGUGACGGACCCGUCCCCAGGAGCAGCGAUGAAGACGGAGCCGGGACUGGCCCCCAGGACCCCUGCUGCCACCCCCAGCCCUACCAGCCGCCCGCCCUGGGCCGUGGACCCCUCGUUUGCUGAGCGCUAUGCCCCGGACAAGACGAGCACGGUGGUGAGCAAGCACAGCCAGCCGGCCACGCCAACCCCCAUGCAGAACCGCAGCUCCAUCGUGCAGGCGGCGCAGCAGGCCCCCGAAGGGCCUGGCCGCACUCCCCUCUGCUACCAGUGCAACAAGGUCAUCAGGGGACGCUACCUGGUGGCGCUGGGACAUUAUUACCACCCCGAGGAGUUCACCUGCUGCCAGUGCAGGAAAGUGCUGGAUGAGGGUGGUUUCUUCGAGGAGAAGGGCUCCAUCUUCUGCCCCAAGUGCUACGACACGCGCUACGCGCCCAGCUGUGCCAAGUGCAAGAAGAAGAUUACUGGGGAGGUCAUGCACGCACUGAAGAUGACCUGGCACGUGCAGUGCUUCACCUGUGCUGCCUGCAAAACUCCCAUCCGCAACCGUGCCUUCUACAUGGAGGAGGGACAGCCCUACUGUGAGAGAGACUACGAGAAGAUGUUUGGCACCAAGUGCCGUGGCUGUGACUUCAAGAUUGAUGCUGGGGACCGGUUCCUGGAGGCGCUGGGGUUCAGCUGGCACGACACUUGCUUCGUCUGUGCGGUCUGCCAGACCAACCUGGAAGGGAAGACGUUCUACUCCAGGAAGGACAAACCGCUCUGCAAGACCCACGCUUUCACCCACGUGUGAGGGGCGGGAGUUCAGCUGUGCCCACGCGUGCCCCUGGCCCUGCAUGCUCCUCUCCCCCUCCCCUGCUGCCCCCAGGGAGCCAGGUUGGGCCCUCACCCCUUCCCCUUGCUCCUCUCCUCUUUCCUGGCAGCUCCUGGCCCUGCUCCAGCUGGAGGCAACGCAGGGCUCGGAGCCCCUUAUAGCUGGGUGGCUUCUUCAGUGCCCCCCGGCUGGCCCUAGGAGCCCCGGGAAGGGCAUGCUCUAUGGGUCUCUUGUCUCCAAGCCACCACUGUCUCCACCACAGAGUGGUGGCCACAGCUGAGGCUGGACUCGGGGAGGGUCUGGCACAGCAGGGCUACUCCCUCGCUUGGCUGGGGCCUUGCUGCCUGGCAGCUCAGUGCCAGGGCAGGGAUGCUCCUAGCAUCUCCCUGAGCGGGUGAGGACCAGCCUCCCCAGCCCCCUGCCAUGCCCUCCCCGACCUUCCCUGCUGCGUGCUUAAUGCAUGGGGCUGGAGACCCAGCCCCCCCUCCCCUGUUGGGGGGCCCUGCCCACAGCAACCCCCUGCCCACCCUGCAAAUGGCUGCAGUGGCUUCCUACCCCAUCUGUGUCCCAAGGGGGGAAUCUGUACCUCAUAUCCCCCCACCCCGCUGGCCUGCUGAGCUCCUGGGGCUGGUGUGCGGCAGCACCCCCAGCCUGGCCGUGCCGGGAAGCAGGGCAGCGUGCCAAGCCCACCCCAGCCGUGGGCUAGCAGUGUGUGCUGGUGGCUGGCUGGCCCGUGGGCUCCCACAAGGCUUGGGAAUGGCUUCCUACCAAAGAGCGCCUGCCACUGCCGUCCCAGGCCUGUAAAUGCCUUUCCCAAACCCACGCUCUCCAGUCGGGCUGCUGCUGAUGUAGCCACGGUGCUUUUAGUGCCUUUAAUAAACACUUCUUCGCAA